AAUAACCGCUCAGAGAACCAGUAGCGUUCAGUCACACACUGGGUUCGGUUGUAAACACAGAUGCACACCAGCUAUUUCAUCUGAGGAAAGGACAAAAGAAAACAGGAUUCACGGCAAAAAAAUAAAGAAGCCUGUGUCUAAAUAAUACUAGGAAUAUAGGGACCGGGGGAGAAAACAGCAGAGAGAUAACAAGGUAACUACGUUUAGAAGAGGAACCGACAAUAGCAGCCAAAAUUAAUAGACAAAUAAUGUAAGGGAGUUGGUAUGUUAGCGUAGGAUUAUGAGGUAAUUUUUCAGAGAAAAAAAAUAUAUAUGUGUGUGUGUAUUGUGUUAAAAAUGGUCAAAUAUAGUUUCUGUAUAGUAGAUAUUAACGUGGUAUGUGUUUAUAUAAAUAGAAUAAAUUAACUAUUUGUCAAUACAUCAUUAUAGAUGUGAUACGGCAUCAUCAUCAUCAUCAUCAUCUUGGUUUAGGAAGAGAAAUUUUGAAUGGACGUCGUUUGCAAUUAGAAUAUGUUAUGAUGAAGCUAGUGAUCCAUACAUUCGUGCCUUCAUAGAAGAUAAUUCGACGGAGUGUACAUUAUUCAUGUUUAUCACCACGCCCAGUAUUGCUAGGAUCAUUGUUAAAUACACUACAUCCUAAUGUUACUUUGCUGACUUUAGAAACAAACAAACAAACAAAAAAAACAUGCUGAGGUUGUAGAAAUAGAUCCUUGUGCAUAACAGCUCAGGUCAAACUGAAACAGCCAGUGACAUCUGCAUUAUUUAUACUCUUAGAACCGCCAUUGAUUGAUCAUCUUAUUACCUUUUUUUAUUUUAUUUUUUUUAUAAACUAAAUGCAGUUCACCAAAACGUCCUAACAAAGGGCAUAUUUCAGUUUUAUCAAUAAAUGAUUGCAUUUGGACAAUUUAAAUGUAUUUUUAACCUGUCAAUUUACCAGUUGCAUGUUCAAAAAAAAGGUGAUUCAGCAAACCCAAUAUGAUUAUGUAAUGCAGAGUGCCCAUACUAAAUAGAAAGGUGGUGUAAAAAAGGGAUGGUGGAUAGACAAUUGUGUGGACUUUAGGUCGGACAGGAGGUGCCAGUUGCAUAGUGAUAUUUAACCUUUUUACUGUGGAAAUAGAGGGAGUAUCAGCUGCUGUGAUGAACAGCACCAGCACUGCUGAGAGAGAGCAGGCUGCUCAAAGUUUCUGUGCAGAAUUGGGAAUAGAUUUUGAGAUGGAAUCGGUUUCAAAUGCAAAAGAGAAAAUAGAUGUACAGUUGCUCACAAAUGGGGCCAUGGCUGAAAUUGUUCAAUUUGCGAAAAAAAAAGAUUGCUCCCUUAAAUAUGAAAUAUUUGACAUUUUAAACUAUAACUUCAAUCUUGAAAUAACAAAUGAACAGGAGAAGCAGUAUUUAGUGAGUACUAUUGUGCAAUAUGUACAACAAAUGAUGACUAAGAGAAAGACCUGCAGCUCCGCUAAAAGACAGGAUUUUGAAGGACAGAUUUUUGUUCUCCCACUUUAUAAUAGAAAAAAAGAGAGAAUAGUGGUAGAACCUGAGCUGUUGGAAGCCGCAAGCACUAGUUUUGAACCAACCCCUGAAAAUGAAAGAGAAUCUGCUCAUUCAAAGUGUGUAACCACACUACUUGAAGCUGUAAACAGCCAGAAGAAGCAGGUUGGUGAGUUGUCUGCACAGUGUAAGGUUUUAGAAGACCAAAAACAAACCUUGUGCCAGGAAAAGAAAGAAAAUGGAUUAGAACUACAUAAGGCAAAAGAUGAACUCCAGAAAUUAAGGAAUGCACUGAGUAAAGCACGGACACAACUAAGAAAAACAAAUGUUAGAAAUGUAAAUAAAAGGCAAAGCCGUAGAGACCAAGAAAUUAUGGUGCUUACAAAAAAGCUGAAGGAAACUGAGAGUAUGGUCCUUGAGAAAGAGGAACAAAAAAAGCAAAUGGAAGAUGAGAAAAAGAGACUUGAGGAGCAAAUUGUUGAUUUUCAAGAACUGUUAAAAAAACGUUUAUACAGCAAGAAACUUGAAAAGUUGAAAGCAAACUACUACAAGAGGAAGCUUUCAAAGAAUCGAGAAGAAAAUCCCAAGUUGGCAAAGAAGGCCAGGGAGUUACAGAAGGAAGUGAAGGUUUGGCAGGACAGUUAUAAGGAAGUGAAGGUGGAGUUGGAUAGUUUAUUAGAGAGACAAUUAACAGCAUUCCAACACAAUAAGUACACUGAUGCAGUGAGAGAGGUGUAUAUGGAUUUAGUGGCUAACAUGGGUGUCAGUGCACGUAAGGCAUCUCAGGUAGUCAGGACAGUGUUAGAAAAACUAGCUGGUACAAAAGUAGACAGACUCCCUGGUGAAUCCUUUAGUAAAUAUAUGCUUUUAGAAGCAAGGCAGGUGUCGUUAAUGCAUGUGCAGGAAACCAUGUUAAAAGAAAAUGAUGUCACCCUUUGUACAGAUGGUACAACUAAAUUUGGACAUAAGUAUGGAACUGCAGGGGUCUUUUUAAAAGACGGAACCCGUAUGCAUUUAGGACUCAGAGAACAAGCUUCAGGCAAAGCAGAAUGUACAUUUAACACAAUCCGAGAAAUGGUGCAAGACAUAGUUACGAGCCAAGGAGUUGAUUUAGACAAAGCAGUACACCGGGAGAAAGAAAUUUUCAUUAAAAUCACCAAUCUUUUGAGCGAUCGAGCUAGCACGGAAAAGAAGUUCAAUUCAAUUCUUUCUCAAUACAGGUCAAAGAUUCUGCCUGACAUUGUAGAUGGCUUCACUGAAUAUAGUGAAACUGAGCAGGCAAAACUUUCCCUUGUGAAUGAGCUUUUCUGUGGUUUGCAUCUGAUAGAUGGUUUGGCUCACCAAGCAAAUGUGACAUUGUCUGUAUGGGAGGGAAUGAUUUUUGGAGAAGACAAGGUUGGCUCUCGGUCUUUGCCAGGUAUACACAAAGACAAAGGUGAGAGUGGUACGGUUAGAUUAAUUAGGACAGUGUGCAAAGCCGUGCAGGAAAGAGGAUGUGAAAAAUUUGGGAAGCCUGUUCAGUUUAGGACAUUUUUGGUUAGCAAAAGUAAGUCUGAUCGUUUGCCAUUGUCGACUUUCAAGGGUAACAGGAUUAAUAUUAUAUUUCACAAUGCAGCGGGGGUUUACUUUUUGUACUCUGAUCUAUUGGAAUUUACUUCUGAACUUCAACAGGAAAAUAAACUGAUAGCGGAAGUCUUUGCAGACUUAAGUGUCAGGCAAUUUUUGGCUGGGUGCAGAGCACUGGGACUUAUUUCAAAAUGUAUCACAGAGCCUCUUUGGAGAAUUCUGUCCAAGAAAGAACAUGUCUUGAAAAUGAAUGAAAGGUACCAAACCCUUAUUUCUAAGUUGAGGGAGUGGGCAAAUGAUGGCGCAAAACUAGUAAGUGGCAAGGCCUGCUUAUUUGAAGAUGUAGAAAUGCACUGUGGACCAGUAUUUGAGAAGCUAAUUGAGAAGUCAAGUGCUGAUUUUGAUGAACUUACUGUACAGGCUGUGGAAUUAAUCCUUGCCAGUCUUGUAAAGGUGUGCUGUAGAAUGCUAGCUGACCAUUUAGAGCAUGGUAGAUAUGACCAGAUUUCAGAGGAGUUACUUCAAAAACUGGAGUCUGUUCCUAAAACCAAUGUAAGUUGUGAAAGAGAUUUUGGAGUGUUUGACAACUUACUCAGAGCAAAGACAAGAGCAACAGGUAUUGCACUUGAAGGGAUGGUGAUGUUCAAAGAGAAUCGGUCCUGGAAGUGGCUAGCUGAUUUGGAUUCUCAAAAGAAAUCGGAGGUGUUAGCAGUGGCCAGAGCGUCUGUGAGAAACCAGAGAGCUGUAUUUUGUAAUAGGAUGAAGAGUGUUAGGGAAGCUAGAUUGCAGAGGAUGAAAGACAAAAUGGAUUAUAACAAUGAGAAAGAGCAAAAGGAAAUAACAGACAUGGCUAUCAAAAAGCAGCUGACUGUUGAUCUGGAGCAAUAUGGUGGUCUCUGGGAAACAGCUAUGGAAGUUGAUGAGCAGAUAGAGCAAUUAGACGAGGAUUUAAAAUCUGCAGCAGUAAUUGCUCAGCUCAAAUUCAGAAGAUUUGUACUUUGCAUGAAAAAUGAGAAUGGGGUUUUGAAUACUACCAAAAGAGGCACAAAGCUCAGUGUAGACGAACUUGUGCAGAAUUUGAAAAGCACCUUUCCAAAGACAACAAAGGUGCCUGAAAAAGUGAAAAAUGAAAUGAAUUACAGUUCUGCCCCAUCUGCGCUUUUAGCACAAGAAAAGAAUCGCUUAUUACAAGAGGCUGUGAAGCAGCAAGUAAAAGUCAGGGAUGAAGGCAGAAAGAGAAUUGGUUUGAAAGAACUAGGAACUCCAGAGCUAACUAGACCAGAGCAUUUACUCGGAAAGCGAGUAAGGCAUGCAGUUCAUGAAUCUGAAGGCAAAGCUUGGUAUAACGGCACAGUUGUUGGAAUGAGGGAAGAAAACGGGGCUCCCACCUUUCAGAUGAUGUAUGAUGGAUGCCAGUUGGUGUGGUGGUUUGAUUUGUGGAAAGAUUUUCAAGAGAAUUGCUUGGAGUUAAUUGCCGUAAAUGCUGAGGACAUUUUAGGAAAGAAGGUAGAACACAUGUUUAUAAGUAGUGAGGAUGGUUCUGAAUGUUGGUGGCCAGGCAAAGUCCUGCAGUAUAAAGACAGUGAGAACUUGUUUGUUAUAGAGUAUGAGGAGGAAGAAGAUGAUGCAGAAGGUGCGGGAGUGUUUGAAUACCCGCUAUUGGAUGAUUAUGCAGCAAACGAAUUAAGGAUUUUAUCUUAGAUUGCAUUUUAGAUUUCUUUUAGUAUAGUGUUAGUUAUUAAUCGGUUUUGGGGGGGGGGGGGGGGGGGAUGUACUUUAAUACCGUAUAAGAUGCUUACAAGUUGGGAUAUUUAUUUUGUAUGGGUGAAGGAAUAAAGUAUUAACAUAUUAAAUUACAUACUGCUUUGUAGUUUUCCAUAUACUUAAGAAAAAAAAACACAUUUAAAAAAAAUCUAGCAUGACAUACUGGACUAAAUUAUGUUCAUACACACACACACACACACACACACACAUAUAUAUAUAUAUAUAUAUAUAUAUAUAUAUAUAUAUAUUUUUUUUUUUUUCAAAUUAUGUCUCAAUCCUAAAAUUCUAGGUGAUGCAAAAUAGCCAUAGGAGGAGCUGUAGGAUUCAUUUUUUGUUAUUUUAUUCAUAUGUAAUGGAGGGUGCUUAAAUGAUUAAUGGAAUAGCAGUGUAAGCAUAAUUGACUAUUGUCCUUUAUUAAUUAAAUAUUAAAGAAUUUACUAUGUAUAUAAUUUACAUUUAAAAUAUGCUUUUAAAAUUUAGAUUCAUAGCAAUGGAAUUGUACGUAUACGUGUGAUAGACUUUUGAUAGUAUAAUUAGUAUAAGUAUAACAGAUGGUCACUGGCAUUGUUUUAAUCUCAUGUAACACCAGGCAACUUUUCAAGUAACUCGCUCUAAAGGACAUUAUUAAGCAAUUUAAACAAAGUCCCUGAAAUCAAGAUUGUUUAGGUUUUGAGGCUUGGAUUGUUCACAUGGUUACAAUUGAUUAAAGUUGCCUGAUAAUACAUGGGCUUUACAGUUAAAAGACGGAAGAAAGGCAGAUAAAGGCUUCUGUUGAAACACGAUACAGCAGUUCGAUGCAUUACAGACUGAAUGGAUAGAGCAGGCAGUUUUGUAGAGAUUUAGAAUUAGAGAAAACCCCUCGGUUCCCUUAGUGAACUCCAUUCUUAAAAAAGUCUUUAGUGGAUGAAUAAUUCUGUUCUAAUCAAGACUCAAAAGGCAGUAACCAUGUAUGAAGAUAUUUCCAGAAAUUGAAGAGCAUGAACAGUUAUACUGCAGUUGCCGUGAACUUGAUACUCUGUAUAGUGGUGGUAUGCAACCUCUGUAAUGCUUUUAAGAAGCCACGCAAUAUUGUUCAGUUUACAGAUCUAGAUCCUUCUACAGUAAAGACUGUAAUAACCUCCUAUUUUGAAAGCCUCAAUGCGCUAUUAAGAAUUACAGUACAGUACUACAGGGCUACGCAGUACUGUGUUCAGAGGAAUCCUCCUAUGCUCUGCUUUCAGACUGUGAAAAGGCUUGGAAUUACCAGUGGACUUUCUUUUAAAGAACUCCCACAUAAGGCCUAAAAUAAAAUAUUUCCAGGAUCUGGUUUCCUGACCCUGCAAAAUCCCCCCUGAUCCAGACAAAAAAAAAAAAGCAGAUUGAAAAUCCUGCGAGACUCAUCCACCAAUGAAGAAAACACUGGAAAACCCACAGCACCAAAGAUCACUAUUCAGCUCAUGAAGUCUUCAUCUUAACACACUUGACCGACCCACUUAUUAUUAACCAUUGCCACUGCUUGUGCUUAUUUGGUGUAGGAUUUUAUUAUUAUAUAUUUUUUUAUAUAAAGAUACUGGGUCAAAGCCAAAUGUUUCCUAGGCGUGCUGUGCUGUUUAAUGAUACACAUUAUUCGCAUACACAGAUUGAAUGUCUCGAGCUGACCAUGACACCGCAUUGUCAGUUUUCCAUAAUAUGAAAACCAGCACAUCCAAGGAAGCCUCUGUAGAUGUAUCCGAAAAUGGGAAGCCAGGGACAUGGACUUAAACCAAUCAUGGCUAUGUUCAAUCACAAAUAUAUAGUUCUGACAUGUCAUUUUUUUCCUACUGUACCUAUCGACCCAAGUUAAUUUUGUUACCGAAUAGGAGUCUUUGCUUAUGCCUCGCAAUCCAUAAGACGCAAAUGCUUUCAAAUGAAAUGAUCUUAUCGUUGGAGUGGGCUGUAAUAUGCAAAUUCUAUGAUAGUCUCUCUCAGAUUCCAGAUAGAAUGAUAAUGGUGAAUCUGGUGGCCCAUUUGUCUCAAUGGCAAUAGUGGUGUCCUUAAACACAUACAUCCUGUUAUGUCGUAAAGAACAAUUCAGGAAGUAUAGAGAUCCCCAGAGAGGUUGAAAGUUUAAGGUACAGUACAGUAUGCCAGUAAGCAGGCUGUCUUGUACAGAAGAGAUCCCAGAAGAGGAGCCGACUGAGUGGAAAACACCUUCCAAUAAAUAGAGGACUGCAGCCUUCAGGGACCAGUUCAACGAGAACAAGGCGUGUAAGUCAAACAGCUGACUUAACCUGUUAAUUGGAAUGAGACCGUAGGUGAAGCCUGUCAGAAACCGCGCCAUCACUGAGAAGGAAAAUGAAGUGACUCAACAUUCUUUGUAAAUGGCACCAUCGUCAACAAAGUCUGUGCACAUUUUGUAACAGAAUCUCAACAAGCCUCAGAACCUGAUUGUGUUGAUAAAGAAUAUGCAGAACUGCAAGCAAAGUAUCAGCAGUUGCGGUCGGAUUCCAAAAGGAUGCAAGAAGAGUUACGUCAGCGAGCAAAAGAAGUAUAUGGCCUGCAUGAGGAAAACACCCGACUAGAGAAACUGUGUGCUGGAAUAAGAAACAGCUACAUUUCUACACUGGACCCCUCAAUGGACCAUUUUGAAUGGAUCUUGUCUUUCAUUAGGGAGAAGGUGACGUGUCAGAAAUAAGUGUCCAAGAUCACCUUCUCAUUGUUUUGUUGAAAAUCCAUUUGAGUCUUUUGAAUACAGACAUAGUAAACAGAUGUUUUGUUUUUUAUUGUUUCUGGUCACUCCAAUGUUUGUGUGUCAUCCUUAUGUUCUUAUAUUAUUUUUGCAGUAGGGGAGCACAUGGAGUAACACGAUCAGCAGUUUAUGACCGAGUCAUUUAUUUUUGUAAUUUUUUGUACGUUGUAUGUUAGUCUUGUACUGCUAUAUACUAUUCAUUUUUCUUUUUUUAUUUACCCUGUAGCAUUAUAACUCUCCUUGGAUAAAGGCAUCUGCCAAAUAAACAAUAAUAAUACAAAUAAAAUCAUGAUUAUUAUUGAGA